AAUCCAUUCAAUUCACAUUUUCCAGUUGGUGAGAGCAUUGAUAUUAAAAGGAUUUUGAAGGACUUCUUUAAAGACGAAAUAAAUACCAAACCAUUUCAUAUCGAAUUGCGGCAAUCAGGAUUACCAUGUGCAAUCCCAAGUUUCGCAUGCGUCAUAAUCAUUUCUACAAAUCUUUAAAGCAAAUUUGCUUUGGCAUUGUCCUAUCUUUGAGUGCAUCCGGGGCCUGUUAUGUCCUCCAUAGUUUGCCGCGUAAAGAGAAAUAUGCCAACUUUUAUACAAAUUAUGAUCCCAUGUCUUCGUUUACUCGCAUGAAGGAAGGUGGCUAUUUAGAUUCAUGUCCUCCAACUUCGAAGGGACAUAAUUUCAAGCAAAAAUAAUGACCAUAUACAUAUGAGAUUUCAGGAUGCUUUAAAAAUUAUCUGGCUUUUUUGUUCUAAAUAAAACUCCUGAUUUGUAAAUCAA